AUGGGCAACGCAGGGGAGCUCCAGCCCCCAAACAAGAUGGUCAUGGGGCCCCAGGACAAUGAGCCGCCGCAGGGUAUGUCGGAUAGCAAUGAGUCCUCAGCAGAGACUGCAGCCUUGACCCCUCGCGCGAACAGGAAGGCCACCGCCAAUCUUCCCAACCCUCGCCCGUACGCCACCAAGACUAUCGCAACGGUCGCGUACUUGAAGGAGAAGUAUCGGAAGCAGGCGAAGACGAAAGCGGCAGCGAAGAGGCGCCAUCGUGGCUGGUAA